AUGAUAUAUCUAGAAUGGCGAACACUUGACGAGGCCAGCAUGGACCAACUCUUACAGUCAUAUGCUGUGAACCCGUCCCCAGCUGCUAAACCAUUCUCCGGACGUCAUAUGCUUGUUUUCUUUGCACCCUUGGUGCCUACCGAGGGUACUUCAUAUGGCUCACGCAUUCUAAUGACACAAAGAAAUGCCAACCAGCUCCUUGAAAGACUACAAGUCAAUCCUUUGUUUGCAUUAAACAUGAUCGGUCGGCCAGAUUACUGGGCACCUCAAACCCAUUGGGAAGCAGAUGAUAAAGGGAGCUUGCAAGCUUGCGAUCUCUUUUGCCAACAUCCUCGCUGGAACCUCCAAGCCCAGGGAGCUCCAGUGUCUGUUUACGUACGCCAUGACAUUACUCGGGACUUGACAACAUACAUCAUCUCGCAUAAAGAGUUCGACACCUCCAUCGCCACGCUCAAAUCUAUACUGAAAAUUGCACUCAAAGUCACAUCCCCAGUUAACAAACCAGCCGUCUUUAUGGAUGGUCCAUUUGACAUCCACACCAUCCUCUCGACACUUUCCUUCCAAGCUUCUAAAUUCCACGUCAAGUGUUUCCAGCGGUUUAUGUGGAAACACAUAAACAAAGUCGAAGACCACCUCGCAGGCCUGGAAACUAGCGACCGCACUAAACUCGGAGACUUAACAAAGCAGCUCCAAAUCAUAUCCUCAAAUGCAGAUUCACAUAUCGCCAAUGCCGAUGUAGCAAUCAUCACGGCUCAAGCUAUUCGAAAUGCCCAUUUGCGUCUCACCUCGUCACUCCCUCAAUCCAGCCCAUUUAUAAGCCAACGAGCUGAUGAUUCGAUAUCCUAUAUUAUCUCCUCCGUGGAGAAACAGAAAAUCUGGUUCCUAAACUACAAACAGCGCAAAGACAGCACCAUGUCCCUGGUUUACAAUCUCGUAACCCAGCAAGACGCUAGCAACAAUAUGCAGAUCGCUCAUAGCAUGAAGCAAGACUCUACAUCUAUGAAUGCAAUCGCUGCCCUGACAAUGGUCUUCCUGCCUGGCACCUUUGCAGGCACGGUGGUUGGUGCAGGAGUUUUCGGCGGUGCUAUUAAAGACACGGGGUCAUGA